UCACCAUCUCUUCAUACUGGAAAUGAUGUGCGUAAACAUCGUUAUGAAUCAAGAGAAAGAUGGAUACGUUUGAAUGUUGGUGGAAGGAUUUUCCAAACGACACGGCAAACGUUGCGUCGCGAAGCUAAUUCAUUUCUAGCUAGGCUUUGUCAAGCUGAAGAUGAUUUACCGAGUGAAAAAGAUGAAUCUGGUGCAUUUCUCAUAGAUCGUGACCCUGAAUAUUUUGCUCCUGUUUUAAACUAUUUGAGACAUGGAAAACUUGUUGUGAAUAAGGGAGUAAGUAUUGAAGGUGUACUCGAAGAAGCUGAAUUUUAUAAUCUACCUCGGCUUAUUCAGUUGUGUUCUGAACGUUUGGCUGAAAUGGUCACAAAAAAAACUAAGCAGACGAAACAUGUCUAUCGCGUCUUGCAAUGUCAUGAAGAAGAACUAACAAAUGUUAUAUCAGCUAUGUCAGAUGGAUGGAAAUUUGAACAGUUAAUACCCAUCGGCCAAUUUCAAUAUCAAAGCGACAUGCAGAGCGAAUAUCUCUGUGUUGUGUCUCGCGAAUUUCCCGAUAACGAAUGCAAAACUGGUGAUAAUACUGAUGUAACAGAACGGGUAAAAGCGCUACAACAAAAAGCACGCAGUAUGUUCUAA